CCUUCUUCACUGGACACGAGUACUGUCUUAGCAUAAAGCCACGCAGUCGAAUAUCCUUGCCUCAGAAUCUAGCAUACAACAGACCGUUUCGUUUGAUCUACCGCAUUGUUCGAUUCGCCCAAUCGGCGAUUCAUCCCGCGAUCCUACCUAGCCUCACUAGCCUCACCACUUGCUUAGCCUCUCCGCGCCGAUCUUUGUCCCGUGACGGUCUUGAGCAUCUCAUUGUUCUUUGGCAAGAUUGUGCAUCCAAAACAUCAGCACAGAACCUCCGAUAACGACGCGUACCUGAGCAUCAAGAAACGCCCCUACCGACCUAGGUCAACCUUGCCGCACCGACUCCUUCUCCUCGAUUCCCCGGAAGCGCCCGCAUUCUCCACGGCGACUCAUCCUCCGCGGUCUCACUCGCUAUCUGGACCGCAAGAGUCUAGGAAAAUACAUACUCAAGCUCUUUUAUUGUCUGCAGCUUCAAUGUGUCCGGCUUUGUCUCUUAAUGCUGGUCACUCUGGCAGACCCGAGUCAAUCACGGUGAUGGAAAGACCAUGACAGUUUGCGACAAAAUGUCCCAGGGUACGAAGGAGUCUCAGAACACACAUCAUAUAUACAGACACCAGCAGUAUAACCCCAAGAACAUCGCGCAACUAGAUCAGCGCAUUCACUAUCUCCAAGAAUCCAUCCUUCCAAGACAGCCAUAUCUCCUCUCUGUUCCCUCCGGGGUGCCAUACCGACACAGCUCACGCUUCAUAAACACCUGGUAUGAAGGCACACCUUUCGAGCGCCACGAAGAACAACUGCAGUACUUGAGUUUUUUUGCGCACCAGGGCGACCACGAGUCGCUCUUGAAAGUGGAAGGUGGGUGGGCAGAUGAUCAAGGAAAUCCCAUUGAAGACGAGGUCUCUCCCCGAACUGUGCCCGCAAGCGGCUGCAAUACACCUGGAGAGCCUGGACAUCGUAAGAAGAUCAGCCUGAAAGAUUACAAGACCAAGGGCAAGAGCCCUUCUACGCUACAAACCCGGCCACAGCCGUCGCAGUCUACAAAGGAACCCGAGUCAUCAGGCAGAUCGGAGGCUAAGGUGCAAGAGAAGGCGAAAUCAGAGCAGACCAGCAAGGAAAGGGGUGUUGUUCCACGGAAAACAGACAUAGAGCCACCAGAUCCGAAGUCAAAAGUGGUCCCGCUGAAAGUUCCCGGCCCAUCUCGAAGCCCUCUAAGAAGCCAGCCAGAAGACAGUCCAAGUCCAGUGAAGAAACGUAAACUAUCACCACAUUUCGAAGCGUCCAAAUCUGUUAGGGCUCCGCCAAAAUCUGAACCUGCACAGCCCAUCAUGGCCAUGCCGACUCUGUUGUCACCAACCCUGCCCUCACCAGAGAAUGAGACUGGACUCCCCCAGCUCCUGUCUCCGGUUUUACCACCCACUCUUACGAAAGCACUAUCGAGUUCACCCAAUUCUGAAUUUCUUGGCAGCCCAGCGAAUGGUUCACAUCAACGUACAGAUUCUGUUCGGUCGAUUCUUGCCGGAGUCGGUCUUGACAAUGACCCGCUCCCCGACAAGACCAGACUGGCCCCUACUGGUAGCCGAGUCCGCUCAGACAGUACGCACUCGGCUCGGAGUUCAGCUCCGGGUACUCCAAACGCAAGUAAAAAUCUACUUGGCUCGAAACUCCUGUCGAAGUCCGGCAUCAGACCAGGGACACCUGUGCAAAAUGGAGCGCGGGCAAGUCCUGGACCCAGACAGCGACAUACUAUUAUUCUGAAAUAUGGCAAAAAGAACCGGAAGAGAGUCGAAGGUCUUCUGAAGUUUGCGGCUCGUCCGAAGAAGGAAGUGAUUAAGCAAGAACGCUUAGAUACACGAGAGACGAAACCCAAGCGCGAAGCAAUCAAGGAAGAAGAAAACGACGGAGGACAGACUCCUGACGUAAAAUCUAACCUUUCCGUCGUGGAUGAUGUCAAAGUUGAGAAGAAGCGUAAAGCUCAAGAUAGCCCCGGGCCUGCAAUCAAAAAAACGAAGUCUGCAAACUUGACUGCUGAAGAUGUUAGGCGACCAUCUACGCCGGUGGCCCCUGCUGGCAGAUCCCCACUUACUUCGCAAGCCAGAACUGCCUUCUCUACCCCUAAGAAGGAUCUGAAGUCGUCUGCAAUGAGACGAGUUGAAUCGACAGACGGUCUUGAUGUGCCGACUCCCUCUGGGGACAAGGGACGCGUAUCAACGCCUGUCUCAGGCCCGAAACCAUCUCCACAGCCAAAUGCCUCGAGCACAAGAGAAGAAGAACGGCAACAAUGGUCAAAUGUGAGCAAUACAUAUUUCACUAUGGGCCGAAGUCUAAAGCAUGAAGGCACUUCUAUGCUUUCAUCGUCUGAAGAAGAUCCCAAAUCUCCUCAGUCCAUAAAGGCAGUGGUUCUCGUGGUCGAAGCUUUACUAUGUUUCAUGAUUAACACUUACGCACGCGGUAAAAGCAGACCAGGGUCGGACCCGGAUUGGCGAUCCAUUCUGCCCUACCACAUUUUUGUAUACAGGGCGUCAAGGAAAUACCCACACCUACACGGCUUGGUUAUGCAACUUGGUGCAGUGUGUCGGCAGCAGAUCCAGAAGCAUGAUCUAGAUAAACUAGCUCGAGACCCAUUGCCUGACGAAUACUGCAACUCAGCCCCAACGCCGAGUAGCGACGGCAACACGAAAACCAACGAAGAUGUGGAGAAGUACAGGAAGCGGUACACUCAGUUUCGAGACGAUAUGAUCCACAACAUCCGUGAACUUCAGACUGCUUGGCUGGACGGUUUCCGCUACCUUUCACCUGAACUGCUGAGACGAGAGUAUCCGAACACCUGGGCCCUGAGGGCAAAGGAUGCGACCCUGAGACUACAGGAGAAGCCAUCGCCUUUGAAAAUGCCAAAAAGUUUUUAUCUACCGAUGGAUGCGAAUACGACGGCACUUGAGGCUGCGAGAUUCGGGAUGGCGUUCCUAACCGAGUGGGCUGAGAAGGAAAAGAUCGACUGGAAGACAAAGAUCGAUCUAUGAAGCACCUUUACUUUUGCUGCUCUGUCGUUUUAUUGACACCCCUUUUAAAUGCGAGUGUAAGGAACUUUGCCCUGCACAUGAUCACUUUUUACCCCAUGAAUUUUAGCGAUUUGAGAGCUUGAGAUACCAAAUAUUAUGAGCAAAGAACAGGCUUUGCUUUUUGUUAGAAACACGCGCGUGCCUACCUCAGUGGCAUUUUACAGCUGGCUAGAGCUUUACAAUUGAAUACUAUUAGAUAUUGAA